AUGGACGGUCUCCAGUAUACUACCAAACACGACGUUACCAUCGACGACGUCGUCUCCCUAACUCAGACCAUGGUGCAGAUCGACUCCUCGACCCCCGGGUCUGGUUCAAAUACAGCCGGCGAGACGACCAUGGCGCAGUUUAUAUGCGCAUGGCUUCAACACCGCAACAUCGAAUGCCACUGGAUUGAAGAGACCCCAGGGCGUCCAUCAGUCAUUGGUGUCGUCCGAGGAUCAGGAGACGGAAAGGCUCUUAUGUUCAACGGACACACCGAUACCGUCACUCUCCAAGGUUAUGACGGGGACCCGUUAAGCGGCCACAUAGCCAACGGCAGGCUCUACGGACGCGGAUCAGCCGACAUGAAAAGUGGCAUGGCAGCAGCAAUGAUUGCGACUGCCAGUGCGGCUAAGUUGAAUCUCCGAGGUGAUGUGAUCCUCGCGGCCGUGGCGGAUGAAGAAUGCGAUAGUAUCGGUACAGAACAAGUGCUGGCGGCCGGCUGGCGGGCAGAUGCUGCUAUUGUUGCAGAGCCGACUGACUUCGCCAUCAUUAACGCCCACAAAGGAUACGUUCUCCUAGAGGUUGACAUCCACGGUGUUGCCGCCCACGGCUCUCGCCCAGACCUCGGUGUCGAUGCCAUCUGCAAGGCCGGAUACUUCCUCGUCGAACUGGAUCGCUACGCUCAGAGCCUUCCGCAACGUUCUCCUACCGGAGUCGAAAUAGACGCCCCAAACGUCCAUGUAGGUAUUAUCAGAGGCGGCGCCGAGAUCAACUCCUACCCUGCGAAAUGCACAAUCUCUAUCGAGCGGCGCACCGUCGCAGGCGAGACCACGGCAUCUGUGGAAAAUGAGCUGCGACCCAUUCUAGAAAAGCUCGAAUCAACGGUUCCUGAUUUCACGUUUGAGCUUCGUACGACCUCUUACCGGCCUCCUUACUCGAUUGCAUCUGAUCAUCCCUUUGUCAAUCUUGUCGUUGAACACGCCGUGAAGACAACGGGCAUGGCACCGCCAAUUAAGAGCGAGACUUAUUGGACCGACAUGGCGUUGCUUUCUGAAGCAGGAAUUCCGGGCGUGAUCUGGGGGCCGAAGGGCUGUGGAUUGCAUUCCAAGGAGGAAUCGGUUGAGGUUGAAUCUAUUCGCCAACUUGCAGACUCGUUUAUAGCUAUCGCGGCGAGCUAUUGUCAGGGUUGA